AUGUCCUCAAUAGGCCCCCAACUCCCACCCCAACCCUCUGCCAAGCGCAAACGCACGCCCGGAUCCGGCGACGCGUCCCCCUCCUCCUCCAAGCACACCCGCCGCAACAACGACGAGAUCGACCUCGACGGCUCCGACUCCGACUCUGACUCCUACGGUCCUCGCGCCGCACCCGCACCCACAGCCUCCUCCUCCUCCCGACCAUCUCUCGGUCCCUCAUUACCACCCUCCGCCGCCGGUGCGCAGAACAAGGACGAGAUCGGCCUCGACGACGACUCUUCCUCUUCCUCCGACACUGGUCCCGCCCCUCCUCCUCCUGCGCCAGCACCUGCCGUCCGAGAAUCGGCAGCAGACCCCGACCCCGACUCCUCCUCCGACUCCGACGACCAAUACGGCCCUGCCCUCCCCAGCGCCUCCGGCCGCCGCCGCGCCCCCAUCGGCCCCUCCAUGCCCUCCUCCUCAGACGCGCCCUCCGCGCCCACCCGCGACUCGUGGAUGCUCGCGCCGCCCACCUCCAGCGGCUACUCCGAGCGCGACCCCACGAAGCUCAAGGCGCGCAAGUUCGCCUCCAAGCCCGGCACCGCCGCCGCCGCCGCCUCCUCGUCCUCCGGCGGGGACCUGGCGGCGAUAUGGACGGAGACGCCCGAGGAGAAGCUGAAGCGCCUGCAGGAUUCCGUGCUCGGCCGCACGUCCGACAGCGCGGGCGGCGGCAAGGCGGCGGAUGAGGCGAGGGCACGCGAGGAGGAGGCGCGGAAUCAAAAGAUUUCGGCGUCGAUCGCGGCGAGUCGAGGCAGGAGCCUGUACGACGAGCACCAGGGCGGUGGCGGUGCGAACAAGGGGGGCAAGGCCAAGGUGGAGGACGAUGAUCCGAGCAAGAGGGCGUUUGAUAGGGAAAAGGACAUGGCGCUCGGGAGCAAGAUUGGCUCGGCGCAGCGCAGGGAGUUGGUCGCCAAAAGCGCCAACUUUGGUGGGCGUUUCCAGAAGGGCUCGUUUUUGUAA